UAUAUAAUAUAUCAUUCUUGUUUAGUCUAGAAAUAGUUAAUAUUCUCGUCUCAUUCGAUUUUGCGGAAAUUAAAAGUUAUUACAAGAAAGAAAAAAAUAUGAUACGCCUAUGAGACUGUCAAUGAACUGUCAUCAAAGAGAGGUUAAUGUUUGACAUGUUACUGUGUAUCAGAAAUGCAAGAGACCACAGAAAAAAAAUUAUGAAAUUAGUAGAUGAAAUGAAGAGGAGUCCUAAUUUCAAUAAUUAAAAUGUUAUGAUAAGAUAAAAUGUGGUAUAGCGCAAUUUUUCGUUUUGUACGACGAAGAAUCUUCCUAGGACUCCUCCUCUUUCUAUCUUUCAGUUAUUGCCUUAUUAGCUAUGUAGGAAAAACAGAUUUUCUCAACAAUGAUGAUGUAAUGGUGGUUAAAAGGACCCAGCCCUUCAUUUGGAGGAGUCUCCAACAACACAAUUCCAGCAGCGAUGAGACUAAUUGUAGGAAUUCGGUACAAGGAAAGGUGUUACUAGUAGACGAUAGGGGGUAUGUGUGCCCCAGAAAUGAAGUUCUCCAAAAUGGGUGCUGCAAUGAACAGUCGCCAGGUGUAGUGCAGUAUUUAUGUGAAACUUGCAAACCUAACAAUUGUUGUACAAUUUACGAACAUUGCAUUUCGUGUUGUUUGCAACCUGAUAAGAAAGAAGUGCUGGAGAAUGUUUUAGGGAAAGCCUCGGAGCAGAAUAGUGUUCUAUUCGCUUCUGUUGCGGAUCAUUUUGAGCUAUGUUUAGCUAAAUGUCGUACCAAUUCGCAGAGUGUACAGCAUGAGAAUUCUUAUAGAGAUCCUAAGGCGAAGCAUUGCUUUGGCGAAGUUGCUCCUGUUAAUGUAGAUAAUGAAGUAUGAGGGUUAACAUAUUUUACACCCUUUAAAACACAACAGAAAGUUUAUUCCAUGAAUAUACGAUUGUUUUAAAUUUAACACAUUGACUGCCAUUAUAUUAAAAAAAAUGUCCUAAUGGCCAUGAGGCUCAUGUUUCUAUGCUAACAAGAUAAAUAUGCUGUGCCAUGCAACUGUUAUCGAAAACAAGGCAGUAAAUGUGUUAAAUGGUCCAAUGUGCUAGAUUGUACAAUAGUAAAUUCUCCCAAUUUUUAAAAUACAGCUGUAGUGGAAUAGUUAGUGGAAUAUUCACUUAGUAGUACAAAAACAAAACAAAAUUACGAAUUCUCUUAUUGUCCUAAUCUCCUAAAACCAUUAUUCAACCAUUGCAUUUUCACAGCCAUAAUGUCAUUGCUAUCUUCAUUCCAAUGGUAAAUUAUAAGAGGAUUAGCACCAUUCUUCAAUUAAGUCUUCACAUUUUUUUCCCAAUUUUGAGGAUUGGCAAUAUCCAAUUUGUUGCCAUGUUUCCAAGACUGCCUCACACUGUAACUUGUAUCCAAUAGGGUUAUCGUAAUAUGUUUUGUAUACCCCCCAGAUACAGGGUGAUUGAUUAGUAGGGUAAAGCUCAAUAGCUCCGCUAUAGUAAUAGAUAGCAAUAAAAGUUAAUAACAAAAAUAUUAGCCACCUUUGAGCUUCACAUUACAAAAUUAGUUGAAUGUUACAGGGUGUUCGAUAACACAGUGGCAGACCAAACUUAUGUUUUUUUAAAUGGAACACCCUAUAUUUUAUUUUAAAUUCAAAAUCCUGUUAACUUCUCCAUCACAAAAAUAUAAAGGUUUGUUAUGUUAUACAGGGUAUUUACAAAGUUAUAACCAAUUUUAUAUGAAAAUCGUAACAAGUUCAACUUCCUGUAUAAAUAAAAAUAAGCAAAACAACAAUGGUUUAUUAAUGCCAUCUUUUUUAACGUAUUGUCAAAAUUUUCAAGAAUGGUCGAUAUUGCUAAUUUUCUUUAUAUCAAAUACAGGGUGAGUCAAAACGCAAGUACAUUAUUUUCUCAGUAAUUUUAAAUGGAACACCCUGUAUUUUAUAUCACUAUUGAAAAGUACCAUUACCGUACUUUAAUUUUUAGAUAACAUUCCCUAUGUCUAAAUUUAUUAGUUUUCGAGAUAUUUUCAUUUUUCAAUGGACCAGUAGCGUGGCCACCCAAAUCACCAGAAUUUAAUAAACUGGACUGAUUUUUUUGGGGUUACGUUAAUAAUGAAGUUUAUAAAAUACCUCAAACAACAAGGGAUGAGAUGAAAAAUAGAAUACAAAGUGUAUUUCGAUGUGUUAAUUUACAAAUGCUCCGUAGAGUAAGUAGCUCAUUCAAUGAUCGUUUUUAGGCGUACAUAAAUGUGUUAGGAGAUAAUUUUGAACAAAUUAUGUAAUUAAAUAUUAAAAAUAUUUUAUUAAAAGUAGCUUCUAAUUUUUUCAAACAUGUUUUUUUGCAAAAUGUAUUACUGAUAAAUUAUGUUUCGUUCUUUAUUUGUUACAUUGUUACAUUUACAUACAAAAGUAGUGUUUAAUUGUCUUCACAAAAUAUUGUAUUUUGUGUUUGUGUGUUUUUUUGUAAAAUUUAUUACUAAAUUUCUUUGUUUAUUUGUUGCAUUUACAUAAAAAGAUAGUUUUUAAUUGUUUCAAAAAUGUUGAAUGUAGUGGUUGUGUUUUUGUUUGUAAAAUGUAUUACUAAUAAAUUAUUUUUAUUUCUUUAUUUGCUACAGUGUUACAUUGAUUACCGGAUUGAUAAUCGGUAAUCUUCAAUUGUCAAUUCAGUCAUGGCUUACUUAAAAUUUAGAUAAAUUUAAACACCUAAAAUAAUUUGCUCUGAAAAAUGAAUAUAUCUCGGAAACUAAUAAAUUUGGGCAUAGGGAAUGUUAUAUAAAAAUUAAAGUACAUUAAUGUUACUUUUCAAUAAUGAUAUAAAAUACAGGGUGUUCCAUUUAACAUUACUGAGAAAAUAAUGUACUUGCGUUUUGACUCACCCUGUAUUUGAUAUAAAGGAAAUUAGCAAUAUCAAUAAUUCUUAAAAAUUUUGACAAUAAAUAAAACAAUAUGGCAUUAAUAAACCAUGGCUGUUUUGCUUAUUUUUAUUUAUACAGGGAGUUGAACUUGUUACGAUUUUCAUACAAAAUUUAUUUAUUUAUUUACGGGUUUCCACAAUUUCAUAAAAAAUAUACACAUAUAAACAAUAAGUAGAAGUAAAAGUAGUAGUAUUAAAGUCCAGUAAAACAGUAAAAAAAACAAAGAAUAAAAUUAAAUGAAUUAAAUGAAAGUGUGACAGCAUAAAACUGUAGUAAGUACAUUACAAUAAAACUAAAUUUAACAUACACACAAUCCACGUUAUGCAGUGACAAUACAUAAUAAUAAUAUAAUAUAAACCGACAUUAAUCAACUAACUACAGACAAUAAAAAGUCAAUAAAUUACAUAAUACAAAAGCAAUGUCCAUGGCAAAAAUUAACAAAUCUACUGAAAAUAUAAUAUUAAACAUUAAACAUAAGUGCAGACCGGAAAAAUUGAUUUUAGUCGGUUUUUAAAUACUCUACUGGAAGAAGAGAAUAAAUCGAUGUCCAAAUCAUUCAGGCGACUCAAAGUUCUAUCUAUUGGUGAGUUAAGACCAUAGUUUGUUGAAUGAUGAGGUACAUGGAACAAGUUAUUAUUUCUCAGAUCAUGGUUUGGAAUAUUAAAGUUUAUUAAUUUUAAUAAAUCAGGGCAAUUGAUUUCACUAUUUAAUAGUUUAUAAAUAAAAGCUAGAUCAUUUAUAAUUCUACGGUCUUUUAAGGAGUGCACAUUGAGAUCACUACGGAUGAUGGUAUAGUUGUGGUUUAGUUCAGUAACAUUAUAUCCCAAUCUGUACGCUGCAAAUCUUAAAAACUUAUUUUGAACUCUCGAGACAACCAACAUAAACAUUAUAAAAUGGUGACCAGACAAUAGAGGAGAAUUCCAAUAUAGAUAUAACCAAUGAUGAGUAAACAGCCUUUAUCGUAUUAAGGGAAAGAUCAGCACAACUGUGAAGUAUAUAACCCAAUACUUUUGAAGCCUUUGCUGUCACAUAGUUAAUGUGAUCCACAAACGUUAAGUUCUCAUCGAAUAUUACUCCUAAAUCCUUUACUGUUUUAACAUAAGAGAGCGCUUUACUGUUGAUGACAUAUGAUGAUUGAUAUUUUUUUGCAACUUUGUGGAAGCUAAUGAAAUGACAUUUAUUAACGUUUAAAAAGAGUCUGUUUUUGUUACACCACUCAACUAAAUUAUUGAGAUCGUUUUGAAGGAGACUACAAUCGUCAUGAUCUUUGAUAGAUCUGUACAUCUUUAAAUCAUCAGCAAAUAGCAAGUACUUAGAGUGAUUAAAACAUUCACCUGUCGUUAAUAGAUUGAACAGAAGGGGCGAGCAAUGAGCACCUUGUGGAACUCCAGAUUUUAUUUGUAUUGCAUCUGACAUAAAUAAACCCAGUUUGACUUUUUGUGUGUUCCAUUUAAAAAAACAUAAGUUAGGUCUGCCACUGUGUUAUCGAACAUCCUGUAACAUUCUAACUAAUUUUGUAAUGUGAAGCUCAAAGGUGGCUAAAAUUUUUGUUAUUAACUUUUAUUGCUAUCUAUUACUAUAGCGGAGCUAUUGAGCUUUACCCUACUAAUCAAUCACCCUGUAUAUUCAAUUGGAUUGAAUUGGCAAUGAUAAAGCAGUAGUCUUAACACACAAUGUCCAAAGCUAUGUAUAAUCUGGUCUACUAUAUAGAUGUUUGGUUGUGCAUGACUUUUAGCUAACAUUAGUAAUUGAGGAUUAAAACAAUACUGAAGAAAUGUAAUAGUUUCAUUCGUCAACCAUUCUGUUUUAUUUUAUCUGAGGUACAGGCAUCUGUUGGUUGCUUAUUAAAAAUGUUCAAAUGGUACAGAGCAUUAUCCAGUAUUAUAAUAUAUAAUUCACAUAAACUUUGCAAUAGUUUUUCCAUCAACCAUUUCACAAAUAUCUCUGUAUUCAUAUAUUGUCAUGGUAAUGUACUGAUUUCGAUGAAAACGCAAGAUCGGCUCCAUCAAUAAAACCAUGUUUUCCACAUGCAUGCAAUAUAUGUCUCUUUUGGCAACAUUUUGUUCACUUUUUGCUUCUUGCAAAAUUGACUUUAGUUUUGUGUUACUAAUACCAUCACACACAUGCUUAUGAACAGAUAAAACUGGUACCAAAAGUACCCCCAUUGAGUUUCUCAGUAGUAAAAUAAGCAUGUAGAUUAAAUUUAAAUGUAUCUACAUAUAAAACACAUCUCCCACAUAACAAUGAUGUUCGCAUCAUGUUCUAAACAUAUACUACCAACAUUCGUCGGAGUAUACUCUUUUUAGUAUAUGUGUAGUACAAGCAUAGCAUCUACCUUAAAAAACAUUCUAAAUUUCAUGUUUUUUGCAUAUACUUCAAAGUAUAUUCUCGUACCGAAUAUACUAAGUAUAUUCGUGUACGUAGGAUCUCGGAAUAUUCGUAAAAGUUUAUUCUUAGAAUAUACCUUUAUCGAAUAUUCUUAACACAUACUUAUAAGUACAUUCUUAACACAUACUUAUAAGUAGAUACUUUUAAAAUAUCUUAAAAAUAAUUUGUAUGUAUAGGAAGUAUAAUAUUAGCCUUAUAGAUUAUCAACUUCGUUAUUUUUUAGAACACAUAAUUAAUAAAAUUUAUGUAUGUAGGUAGUAUUGGACGAAUUUCAUUUCAAAAUUCUUGUAGGGUAAAAAAGUUUAAACAUUAAUUGUAUUAACGUUUACAUAGAUACUAUUAAAAAUUCGUUUUCAUAAUUGAAAUGACUUUACCAUCUCGAGUUUAUCAUGAAUCAUUAGUAUUUUUACAUUCUUGGAAUUUGAAUUUAGGUACAUUCAAUUCAAUAGGCCAUUUCGCAGAACCAAUACGUGCCAAACUGCACAACCAAAGCAACCAAAGGCUUUGGCGUUGCCAACCGUCGAGUAAGCUUUUUCCGUCAACUUACCUUAAAAAUUCCCACUUUUAAAAAAAAAAAACUUCCCUCCUGUUUACAAAAUCUGAGAAGAUAUGUAAUCAAAUAUUUUGAUUUUUUCUUAAUAUUUUACAAUUUGGACUGGAACAAUAAUUCCCUUUUGAGUUAACUUUUUCCCUUUAUCACCUUUUCUGUUGAAAAUUCCCGCAAAAAGGGAAAUUUCUCUCCGUUUGGCAACACUGACCACCGAUUUUGUUAUUCCACAAUACAUUCAUAACCCGCCCCCCCAUCCCCAUCAUAUUCUGACCAUUUCUAUUCUUCUGAAUGGAUCAGGGAUAGGAAAAAACCGUAAAAUAUGAAAAAGGAAACAGGCAUUAUUUCAUUUGUAUCAUCUAUGGAUCUAUGCGUAUGCAGGAUGCAGGCAGUGCACACUAGGCAGUGUUAAGGAUGAAGGCGAAUGAUGUAGUACUAGGACUAAAGAACAUACAUAAUCUGUUUAUUUUGUUUGCGGUGCUUCGAAAUACAUAUAAUAUAUUUUGAUAACUCAAUAUUACUUAAAUAGGUAAGUACAUAUAAGUAUUAUAUAAAUUUUAGUUACUUAUUAUGCAUAGUUUAGUUUAGCUAAAUAUUAUAUAAUGAUUUAUAUAAAUAACUAAAAUUUAUAAAUAUGUACUUACUUUUUAAGUAAUAUUGUAGAAUGUAGGUACUAACUACAUUCUCAUUUGCAAUUAAAAUAUGUAAAUAGAUAUUUGGUAGAACCAGUAGAACCUAAGAUGAGAUUAGGUGAUGCUGAAAACAUACUUCUAAGCAAUAUAGCACUUGAUAGCACUUUCUUAGAAUAUGUAUUCUUAAAAAUAUAAUAUUCUUCCCAUACAAAGAUGUGCGGUAGUACGUUCUUAGUAUAUAAAUAGAAGGUUUAUAGCACUUCCUUGGAAUAUUCUAAAAAGUACCUUCUUGGUAUAAACUAAAAAGAUGUGCGGUAGUAUGUUCUAAGUAUACACAUAGAAGGUUUAUAGCACGUCCUUGGAAUGUUCUAAAAAGAACAUUCUUGGUAUAUACUGAAAAGAAGUGCGGUAGUACAUUCUAAGUAUAUACAUAGAACGUUUAAGUACUGUAAUGUAGUAUAUACUCAGUAUCUGCUCUGCACAUUCGCAAUGGUAAUUACGCACAUUCUCAGUAUAUACUUUUUUUGAAAAGUAUGUUCUAUGAAUCUACUAAGAACAUGAAAUUGUUAUGUGGGCUAUACUGUGUUUCAAAAAUUAGAAUACAGUAGAGCGUCAAUUAUCCGAACUAAUUGGGGGACAGAGGUGUUCGGAAAAUUGAUUUUUUCGGAUAAUCGAACUGUAUUGAUAUAGCAAUAUUAUUUAUCCAUAUUCGAAUGAAAGCCUUAUUUACAUAUCUUUAGUGACAAAUAGGAUAGAAAUUAAACAAAAAAGUGCUGUAUUUGCAACAAAAUGAAGAUUUCUAAGCAUUAAAAAAUUUCAUAGAAAGGACAAUACGCUUUCGCUUAGGCAUUUUCAAUCGAGUUUUACACAAGUUGGGAGUUCGGAUAAGCGGUCGUUUGGUUGAUCGACGUUCAGAUAAUCGACAUUCUACAGUAGUAUGAUUGUAUAUUGCAAGCGGGUUUGCCAUAUUUCACCCAUUCUUUGAAUUAUCAUAAAUAAAUUCUCCUUUUGUAUUCUACAGCAGUUAACAGCGACAAUCCUCUACAAAUCUUCUUCUUCUAUGGCACUACAGCCCAAAUUGAGCCUUGGCCUCCUUUAUUUUUUGCCUCCACCCUUGCUUGUCUGUGGCUGCUCUUCUCCAUACACGUACUCCUAAAAGGGCUUGUGUGUCGCUGUUUACUGUGUCUUCCCAGCGCUUUCUUGGCUUUCCAACCGGUCUCUUUCCCUGCAUUCUAGCAUUCAGUGCUCUUUUUGGUAGCCUAUCCUCUCCCAUUCUUAUCACAUGUCCGGCCCAUUGCAAUCUUUGUAUUCUAAUGAAGUCUGACAGGGGUGCUUCCUUAUAAAGUUGAUAAAGUUAAUCCUCUACAAAUACCUGCCUAAUACAGUAGACUCCCUCUAUAUCGAGAACUGAAAUGGCGGACUAAUUACCCCUUUAUAAGCGGAUCUCGUUAUAUCAGAUAACAAUAAUAUUGUGCAUACCACCACCACUGAAAUGUUUUGAUGUCUCUUACGGAGUUUAUUAGGUGGCAAUGGUUGACCUCGACAAUGAAAUUUGGCCAUCAUAAAUUGUAAAUUUCCUACAAUAUUCAAUAUCGGUCGAUAGAUAAACAAGAAGAAAGAAGUUUAUUACUGGUGGUGAAAAAUAUUACAGCACUGUUCACAAUAAGCACACAGAUGUUGGCCAUUCCUGUAUAUAGGCAGUUAUGGUAUUUAUUUAUGGCCAUCACCAUGCCAAAAACAGGUAAAGAAACAUAUUCUUCGAUUUCAUUUUUUCUCGUUAUAACCAAAUAUGCCUCGUUAUAGAGGUGUUAUAGUUCAAUAGGAAUUUCAUGGGACAUCUAGUGUACCUUGUUAUAAACGAAUGCUUGUAAUACCCAUGUUCGUUAUAGAGAGAGCCUACUGUACUACCUUUCAGGGCCGCUGCCAUGAAGAGUGACAACAUUGUCAAGAAAAUUCUCAUUUAGUUUAUAUGAUCCUAUCCUUGUAAAUUGCAUCUUGCAUCACAUGUUUGAAAUACGCUGUGUGCAUUUUUGCACAUUUUGGAAAGUAAAAUAUUUGUUGUUGCAAUAAUCCAAAAUAGUUGUAUAUUCAUGGCAUAGACUGUAGUUCACAUGUUCCAUUUCUAAUUGUUUGUCAAUGUUACUAUCUCUGCAACACUAGUACUUUAUUAUCUUAUGAGGCUGUUGAUGAUAUCACCAAAAAUUUUAUUAAGUAGGUAGAUAAUAUACAGUGAUCAGUGUGCAACUGGCAAAAUAACAGAAAAGACGGAAAACGUAAUACAUUGUGUUAUAAAAAGAGAUGAAACUAGUAGAGGCAGGAAAUUAUCAAUAGAAACCUAUAAAUUUACAAUUAUAUUGAUAGUUUCCCACCUUUAGACAUAUCGGAGUCAAACUGUCACACAAGAAUUUAAAAAAAUUCUCCUGUCAGAGUGACAGUUGCCAAACUCCUCCUUUAACUAUCAAUAUAAUGUAAAUUUAUAGGUUUCUAUUGAUAAUUUCCCACCUCUACUACUUUCAUCUCCUUUUAUUUCACAGCAUAUUAUGUUUUCUUUUUGUGUUAUUUUGAUGGUUAUCAGUGCACUUAUCACUGUAUUCAAAUAAAGUAAUAUUAGGCAAUUUAGUAUUGAUUAUAAUUACUUUUUAAAGUAGCAGAUAUAACGAUUUGGUAAAUGAUUAGUUUAGGAGGCAAUAAACAUAACCUGCUGUAACAGUGUUGCCACAUUUUUUGUAUAAUGUAUAUAUGUUUAAAAUUUAAUAUUAAAUUAUAUUUUUAAUACUUUUUGUUAUGAGAAGCUACAAUUUUUGAAUUUAUAAAUUAUUCAUAAAUUAUUGUUUUUUACAUUAAUUGAGUCGUCUAGUUCCAAAACCGACCAUUUGCAAAAAGUGCAAUUUUUACAAAAUAAAGAAAACUGGUUUUUUAUUAAAGUUGGCCGCUUAACAUUUUUCAUGUAUCAGAAGGAAACUUUUAAGAAUCUUUAACUUGUAAUUUUCUUUAAAAUUUUUUGCAAAUGGCCGGUUUUGGAACUAGACGACUCAAUUAUAAUAUGUUAAACUAAACAAUAUGGUUUAGGAUUGUGGCUUAUUCUCAUUUGAUAGUAACAAAACUAGCAUUUUUUAAUAUAUUUAAAAAUCCUUAGAAAUUAUCCCCUUUUGCAAUUUUUGUAUCCAUUAUGAUACUGAACUGAUAAGUUUUUGUUUAUUUUUGAGUUUUAAUUGAUAUAUUAUGUGCUCUUGCCAGAUUUUUAAUUUUAGAAGUGAGAGUAGAAAAUAAUUGAUGAUAUGGCAACCCUGUUAAUACUUUAAGCUUACAUGGAGUGUCAUAUACAUUAUAGGUUAUGUUCAUUGCACUAAGCCUAAGCCACACUAAUCUAAUCUUUUACUAGGGGAUAGGUAUAGAUAGAGUUCAUAUAUGCCCUUGUUUUUCAAUAAAUUGAUACAGGAAUGAUAAUAUAGUUGGCAUUGAGUAAAAAAUGAAUACAUUUGCUUACAAGAGAUGCCAUUGUAAUAGAUUUAAAAUCUUACUGUGGUGUUCUCAUUAUACAGGGUGAUUUACUCAGGGUGUAUCCAGAACGUUAAAAGUACAGUACAACCUGCCAUAUCCGGACGGUUCUGCCGUCCGCAUCUACCCUAAAUCUACCGAGAAAGCCAGUCCUGCUGUUGGGCAAUGCACCCUCUCAUCCCGACCCAAAACAACUAAAAUAUGGCGAAAUAAAGUGUCUUUUUUGUCCCCAAAUGUGACAUCGCUUUGUCAGCCUAUCGAUCAAGGUAUUAUAGAAUCUAUAAAACGUGUCUAUCGACGAAAGUUAUUGACGGCGUUGAUUAUUGGAAUGUAUGAAGGAGAAGACGUUUCAGAGACUAUAAAAGAAGUCGUCUUAAUAUCGGGAUGUUUUCAUAUCCGGAUCGGUCUGUCGCCACAUUGAUAAAUAUUAAAUUUUUAAAUAAAAUACCAUGUAACUCAGUAACGAGCCGCAUUUUCUUUAAGUGAUUGGGGUUAAAUCUUGAUAUUUUGAGGUCUAGAAUCUAUAACUCAGAGAUUGGACAUUCUUAAUGAAUUACCCUGUAUACAUUUCACAGUUUUAGGUAUUCCUACUGUAAUAUAGAUUAUAUUUAAUCAUAUAUUAGUACAAUAAACAAAUGAUUAUUUAUUUAUAAUUAUUAUUUUGACUUUUCAAGCUUUUAUAAACAUUAAAAAUUUAUUUUUCCAUUAUAUUAUAAACAGUAUUCAAGUUGGGCAUCCCUGUGGCAGUGGCGGAUCUAGACAUUUGCCUUGGGGGAGGGGACUUACAAUGAAACACCAAACAAAAAAUAUAAUAUUAAAUAACUUCAUUUUCUUAACUGGCCGAUUUAUUGGGUUGAAUUUGUCUGUCUAUGGUUUAAGUUUCAUGUCAGCUAAUAUAUUUUUGUUUCAAAUUUGUUUUCUUUAACUUUGGACCUCGUUGGGAAAAGGGGUAUUACCCCCGUAGAUCCGCCGCUGCCCUGUGACAGAACUCUCACUAUUUUGUAUUAUUAAAAGAGCUAUAAAAGCACAUAUAAGUGAUGUUUUAUUUAUUAUAAUAUAUUUAAUUUAUGUGUAGUGGUACCAAAAUUAUCUCAGUUUGUUUUAGUACCUCUUUCUUUUGUGUAAAAGUUCACAAUUCAACUAUUUCACAAAUUUUACUUAAUUAGGGGAAGACUAGUUAUAUUUUCUGCACUGUAAUUCAAGCACUUUGUAUGAUUUGUAUUUAUAAUUUAGCGAUAAUAAAUUUUUUACCCAUAA